GAGAGCGAUCCAAAGAGAUGGGUGCCACAGUGCAGGAUCUCAUUCAAGAGACUGCCACCAUCAAAGGCGCUCAGCCCAUCCCAGUGGGAGCCAUCCGGCCCGAAAAGUGUGGCCGUGCCGGACGUAGCCGACAUCGACCAAGACCGCGUAGAAGCAGUGGACGAAGAAUCCACGAAGACCCUGGGAAUGGCACAGAUCUUUCUCAGAUGGACGUUGAAGACGUCAUCAAGGUCAUCAAAGCCGAAGUGGGAAAUCCACAGCUGCAACAGCAAGGAUUCGCGGUCCUUACGAGCAAAGCGGAUGAUCCCGAAAGCCAUCAAGAGGUGGCCCGACUGGAUGGCAUUGCGACGAUUGUAAAGGCAAUGACGGAGCAACAUCAAGGGGGUGAACUACAACUGGCUGGCAUGAACGCCCUGGAGAAGAUGACUUCUGGCAAUCCAAUCCAUACCCGAAGCAUGGUGGACUCCCAUGGAAUCAAUGCUGUUUCCAAUGCGAUGUCCCAAGAUCUGAGCAAGGCAGACUUGCAGGCAGCUGGGUGUAAGAUCCUGUGCAACGUGGCCAAGCAUGAUGCCUAUUGCCAAGAGAUGGUUGCCAAGUCUGGAGCUGCUCAGGCAGUCUUGGAUGCGAUGAGGGCACACGCAUCCGAUUCUGACAUUCAGGAGCUCGGCUGUCACGCUCUGAAAGAGUUUGCAGCUUUCAACGCAGAGAGUCAGGAAGACAUCUACAUGCGGGGAGGUAUUCAAGCAGUUCUGCGUGCCAUGGAGACCUUCCCACAACUUCCAAAUCUCCAGGUCAUGGGUUGUGGUGUGCUGCGAAACCUUGCGGCCUGCAAUUCACAACAGCAACAAGCUGUAGUAUCACGUGGUGGUAUCCAGGUCGUCCUGGAUGCUAUGUCGGCGCAUAAAGAGCACUCGUUGAUGCAAUGGGCUGGAUGCUGGACCCUGUUCUGCUUGUGCGUGCACAAUGCCGAGAUGCGAUCAGAGGUUUACGCCUAUGGCGCAGCGCGGGCAGCAUUGAAGGCUCUGGAAGCACAUCGCUUAGAAGCACGAGUGCAAGAAGCCGGAUGUUGGCUCCUGAAGGAGCUGGCAGAGCAUAUGGCCAGCUGCAAGGACAGGGCGACCUUCUCGGCUGCGAUCCAAGCGGCAUUGAAGGCGGUGGAAAAGUACCCUGGGAAUCAGGCGGUCGAGAAAGCAGCAAGGACUGCGUUGCAAAAACUCUCCGCUUUUGACAAGGAGGGUUGGGUGAAAAUGGCAUGUCUUGGGCGAUGUGGACGUCUCGGGCGUACAGCCACGAUGCGAACCCUUGAGGCGAUCCAGGAGUAAGCAGAGUGCACUGAAUCCAUCCGUUUCUUCCGUGGCAGUUCCCUUGCCAGUGGCACCGUGAGUUUUUAAACACCCCGUGGUCUUUG